AUGACAUGGUCCCAAUGGUCUAUGGUCCAUGGGCAGUACAUCCUCUUUUGGUCCACAAAAAUAAUAGGGAAGGACCGUGGAACGUUGGAGAGACCAGCAGAAACAUACCUCUUAGGGACGGGCGGACGAAACUCACAGCUAGAAAAACUUGACGCAGUCCUUGAACGACCAUCAUGUAAACGGUCCUCAAAAGGCUCAACGACCUUUGGUGCUGAUGUUUCAAAGAACCCACAAGCUCCUGAUUCUUGCAAAGGUAAAGGCCACAAGUCUAGAAAGGUCGCUGCUCCCCCACCAUAUGCUCCAGCAGAUGUGAAUCUUGUUGAUGCAUCUCAAGCAUCCAACACGCAACAGGAUGUGCCCAAAACGACAAUUGUACCGCCUGGUACCGAGCCUAACUUGCAGGCCCUGAAUAACCCCUAUGUGGCUGCCAUGAUUGGUACUGCAGCUGCACGCCCCCCCACUAACAGCUCAGUGCCAUCGCUUAUCCCACACGCACCCUUAGAGCCGAACUCGCAGGUCCUGAAUAACCCCUACGUGGCUGCCAUGAUUGGUACUGCAGCUGCACGCCCCCCUACUAACAGCUCAGUGCCAUCGCUUAUCCCGAGUGCACCCUUAGAGCCAAGGUUUUCGGAUGCUAUCAAGUAUUAUUAUCAGCCUGCCACUUCCCCUCAAAUGCCAGAGCAUGUUAUAGACCUGGCACUGCGGAUUCAACCAUCAUCACUUGGUGUAGGUGGGUGCUUGGAGCCAAGUGUUCCGAAUGUCACCCAGUACGAUAUUCAGCCUAUGUUUAAAGGCACUGCGCUCCCGAGGCUCCCAGAGGGUCCUACAGGCCCAGCGCUACAGCCUCAGAACCGACCUCCUCCAAUAAGUGACAGAUCAGAUCUUGACGGAAGUGAUGAGAAUGAUGAGAGUUCAACGGAUGAAGAUACCAAAGAAGGGGUCAAAGAUGCUGGUGAAAAUGAUACUGUCGGAUGGGGAGCGGAUUUUCGCAGGAACAACCACCUCAGCCACUUCAAAAUCCACUACUCACACGACGAAGAUGAAAAUGGUGCAGCAGCUAGUCUCACCUCGGUGCAGUUGCAGCCACAUGUUCAGAACUCACGUAAAGACGAUGCAGCUGCUAAUCUCGUGUUAACACAACCAAAGGUAGAUGAUGUACUCAAGAAACACCAGAAAAAGAAUGGCUGGCGUCGUCUCCCUGACCCUGAGGCUCUUGAAGUACUACGCCGGCAAACUGAAACUGAUGUUCAACAAGAAGCUCCGACAUCGCGGUCUGAAGCAAAACCCACUCAACUCGGGUGGUACGGAACUGGCUGGAAAGGCUUCCUGGAGGACGCGAAGGCAGAAUGUCGCGCUGUCCAUGCAUUGGAAAACCCAUUUCCAUCUCUGACCCAUGACUUAACAUGUUUGAUAAUGGAAGUCCUCUUAUCGGUCAAGCUUGCAUGGGAGCAAGCUGGGAAGCAGGUAGAAACCGGUGUGUGGCCUGCACAGAAAUCCAACAUGGCAAGGCUGCUCUAUGACGAUCUUGCGACUUGGCGGUCUGAAUUGAAGAAGGUUGUGAUUUCCCUUGCCCUGAGCAUAUUGGGUCUUGUUCCCCCUGCUGAGGUACCUGCCCUGGAACGGCCAGUGUGGGUCUCACACGAAGCAUCAAGGCAGCGCAAAGAUUCUCUGUUCCUACGAGGUGGAUUCGAUGCCAAUGGAAAGACCAAUAAUUUCGCAAGUCCUGCGCUUCGAGAAGCCGUUGUGUUAUUUUAUUAUACCGGACCUUACAGAAUUGCUCAGCGAAGGCCAGAAAUAUUUCGCACACAGCUGUCUUUGUCGUGCUUAGCUCUCGUUGCCACUGCAUAUGACUGUGGUCUCCUUGGCUUCGAAAAGAACGGUACUGGCAAGGUCUUUCCCAAGUUCACUGCGAAGGAGUACAAAACAGAAUAUGAGGAGAUGCUGGAGAUGAUGGGCGUUGUUUUGGAUGAUGCGUAUCAUGGCCCAAAGCUGGUAAAGCAGCUCCAGGAGUGGGCCGCAUAUGGCUGGUUGGAAGGCCUGAAGGUUGACUCUCGUGGCAGCUUGGAGAUGAAGCGCACUCACUUGAAGGUGGUACUUGACUAG